UCACAGGUGAGCAGCGCCAGGUCAGCGGCGCGGCGGGAGCAGAAACAGCCGAGGGCGCCCCUAAGGGAACGGGAGCACGUGGGCCCGGGAGAAUGGCGCCGAAAAGGCAGACUCCAAAGUGGGGACGAGGACCGCCGCGGUGCCUGCCAAGAUGCCCGACUCCGCCCGCAGAUCGCCCCUAACCCGCAGACUCCCCUUCCGGGGAGGCGCGGGAGGGCGGAGGCAAGGGCCGGAAGUUCCCCGGAGGGCCAGCCUUCCCGCGAAACCCGCCGGCCGGAACUGCCAGGUGGUCCCGCCCCCGGGCGGAACUCCGGGUUGCCGGGCAACCGCUGUGGGCGCCGUCGGCUGGCUCGGCGUCCCCGGGAGCGAGCCGAGUGUAGCUCCCACCUCCUGUCCCGGCAACUUCCCUUCCCGCCCGCCUUCCUUCUUGCCGCCUCUCUUCGCGUCGGGGAGUCCCUGCCCUUGGCACUACGCACACCUCUCAGGCUCCCAAGACCGCUUAGCGCCCACCUGCGUGAAAGCCAGUGUCCACCCGAGGCGAAGCGCCCUGGCCCGGGACGUGGCCUCCACGCUGACCGACCGCACCUCCCUGGCCAUGGGCACCUACACUUACACCAGCCGGCCCCGGGCCCUGCCCUGCCAGCGCCGCCGUUAUCGGGACAGCCUGAUGCAGCUCCCUGAAGAACCUGUGCUUUAUGGAAACAUAAUGUAUGACAGAAGGGUGAUCCGGGGCAAUACUUACGCUCUACAGACAGGACCGCUGCCUGGGCAGCCUGAUCCUCUAGAGAUUCAGAGACAGCAGCGGGCUAAGAGAAGGGCUCUUGCCAAAAAACGAGCCCAAGAACAGCUCAGACCACAAACACCCGAGCCCGUGGAAGGCAGAAAGCACGUGGAUGUGCAGACAGAAAUAUACCUUGAAGAAAUUGCUGACCGCAUAAUAGAAGUUGAUAUGGAAUGUCAAACAGAUGCAUUUUUGGACAGACCACCAACACCACUCUUUAUUCCUGCCAAAACUGGCAGAGAUGUGGCCACCCAAAUACUGGAAGGAGAGCUCUUUGACUUUGAUCUUGAAGUUAAACCAAUGUUAGAAGUUCUGGUUGGAAAGACCAUUGAACAGUCUCUUUUGGAAGUAAUGGAAGAAGAAGAGUUGGCUAACCUGCGGGCCACUCAGUAUGCGUAUGAAGAGUUACGCAAUGUCGAACUUGCUGAAGUUCAGCGACUUGAAGAGCAAGAGAGACGACACAGAGAAGAAAAAGAGCGCCGGAAGCAGCAGCAGUGGGAGGUGGUGCACCAGCACAGCGAGGUGGCGCAGAAAGUGGCGGCGCGCGUGUUCGCACAGCAGUACCUGGCCGACCUUCUCCCCUCCGUGUUCGGCAGCCUCCGGGACGGCGGCUACUUCUAUGACCCCAUUGAAAGAGAUAUUGAAAUAGGAUUCCUUCCAUGGCUGAUGAAUGAAGUUGAGAAAACCAUGGAAUACAGUAUGGUGGGAAGAACAGUGCUUGACAUGUUGAUUCGUGAGGUUGUUGAGAAGAGACUGGCCAUGUAUGAACAGAAGGAGGACCAGCCCCCGGCCAGGAGGCCUGCAGACGAGCUCGGGGGCCCCAGGGGGAUGACAGAAGCGCCGGUGGGUUAUGAAUUCCAGGAACAAAGCACAGCACAGCCACAGAGGCCACUUGUGGACAGAGACCCGCUAGAAAGAAUACCAGAUGAUGGAAGGUAUACUGAGAAUGUGUUAUCCCAAGAAAGGAAGCUUAUGGAAGAAGAAGAAGAGUAUGAGCAAACAAAAAUAAGGAAAACCUCAGGGAGAGAAGUGCUACAACCAAGGGGAGACUUGGAGCCAUGAAGCCGGUCAGCGGCCAGUGAGCAUUGCAAGCAGUCAGGUGAUGGUGCGCCGGCCCCGCAGGUCGUGGAAGUCAUGUUGCAUUUACUCAGCCUGUCUUUUUGUCUAACGGACUGGGCAAAUCAAAUAUGUUGAAAUAAUAAAACUAGUUAAAAAUGGAAUAA